UAAAAUGUCUAAAGUCCAAAGGCUGAGAGCUUUGGUGGAGGAGCGGCUGACUGCGGCUGCUGAAGACAUAUAUGUGCUGUUUGAAACAAUCAUAGCCGAGUAUGAGGAGGAACUGUGUCGCUCCAAACAGGAGAACGAGAGGAACCAACGGCUCCUGGACUCGACUCUGAGCGCUCUGAGCCCCAGAGUCGUGCUGACCAGAGCCGGUGUCCACAUGUCCUCUCUGAGUCCUGGUCUCACUCUGAAACAGGAAAUCCCAGAGACUCCACAGAUUAAAGAGGAGCCAGAAGAACAGCACGACAAACAGGAGGAAGAGGAGCUGCAAGUGUCUGUCCCUGAGUCCAAUGAUGGCUGUGUGAAGACAGAAGAGUCCUCACUGCUUCAACGAAAAGAAAGUGAUCACAGAGAGGACGUCAACUCAGAGACACAUGUCCACAGAGAGGACACACAGGGAGAGGACAUCAGCUCAGAGACACAUGUCCACAGAGAGGACACGCAGGGAGAGGACAUCAGCUCAGAGACACAUACUGAGGGAGACACGGAGCACUCUUCUGACACUGACAGUGAUGAAGACUGGAGAGCUCCAAUCGGCUCUUCAGCUGCACAGAUGGAGACAGAGGCAGAUGGAGACCACUACAACCAAGUCCAGAGCAGAGACAAAAGCACCACUGCACCAAACUCAAGUCUAUCCCCCAAACACAAGUCUGCACCAGAGACCAGAGCCACUGUGGACAAUGGGGACGUGUCAGGAACAGCCAAACGAGCAGCAGGGAAGAAACACCAGUGCUUACUCAGUGCGAACUCUGGGCACAGAGAGCAGGAACAAGUCCUGAGAGCGCAGACUGUGAGCAGUACUACGCUUGACUUCUAUGAGCUGCUGAAUCAGCUCCACAACCCUGGCAUCGAACCUACCGUCUUUGUCAUCCUCCGUCCUUAG